ACAUAGUACAUACUACAUAAUGGAAUUUUAUUUAUAAACGAUUAAUUAUUAUUUAUUAUUUAUACCCCUUACAGGCUUACAGUACUUCUUUAAUUUAAGAUCGUGAUUUAGGAAUCUAAUAUUAAAUAUUAAUCCGUGAAACAUAUUAUCUACGGAUUAUGAAUUAAGAAGUAAGAUUAUUUUUCUUCCAUUAUCAAGAAAUUGUAAAUUUUGAUGAUAGUCAUCAAGAAUUGAUAAGAACGUUUAUCCUAGGUGUAAGGUGUAACUGUAUAAGUACCAUUGAUCUAUUCUAUAAUCAAUGAUAUUAUUCUAUGGUAGUGUGGUCCUAUCCAUUCUAAUAUUAACUACUAUGUGUGCACCCCUCAGUGUUUUAAUUCUUGUUUUCUUCAGACGUUUUUUAGAUGAAUAAUAAGUUUUCUAAUUUGUAUACACAUUUUAUCCUACAGUCUUAGUUUUGACGUCUGUUUUCGACUGCACACAUGCCAAAAGUAUUGAUGACUGGUAGAUCCCGAAAACGUAACACUAACGACAGAUUUCACUAUUUCAAUUCUCUUUACCACUGUUAAAGUCUCCAGUAGUUGAAUUUUUAAAUAUGAAUGAUAAUAACGUUUUUGGUAAAUCUUUCAAAACGUACCUAAGUGAUACUGAUAGUUCUUCAACUCAUUCAUCAUGUGAAUGUAACGAUGUCAAUUCAAAUGUUUCGGAUUUUGAAUGGGAAAAUGAAAUAACUGAUCAGGGAGAACUGUUUUAUGUUAAAUGUUCACCACGAAAACAUAUAAAAUAUGCCAAACACAAUAAAAUUGAAUCAAAUGAUACACCAAAAAAAACCAAAACCACUGCAGGGAAAUUGGUGAAGCUUUUGAAGCGUAAGAAAAGGGGUAGAGAUAGAAAUGAUGGUUCUAAACAUACUGCAAAUUCUAAUAAAGUCACUUUUUUGGACACACAAGAAGGUGAGGUGAGAGAAGUGGCUAUUGAAGUUGAAAAUGAUACUUAUAGUAAUCUCGGGAGAAGAGCUACUUUGACUGAAAAGCUACUGGGCAUAUCAACAACAGUUUUUGAUGAUGGUUUGCGUAUAAUGGUAGCAUCAAUUAUUCCAAAUACACCUGUUGAUAACCAGAGAUCUAUAAAAAUAGGAGAUUGGCUUAAAAUUAUUAAUGGAGAAAUUGUCACAGCUAAAACUUUAGACCAAAUUCUAUCAAACAUAACUCCACCAACUACAGUUAUGCUAGUUGUUCAAAGAGUUGCAGUUAGCUUAGUUGGUGUUGAUAAACACAAUAAUCAACAGUUAUCAAGUUAUUUAUCAUUGAAGACUAUUAAUGAUGAAUUUGUGUCAGAACUUGCUAAAUAUCCUGUGGCUGUCAUGUACUUGAUAUCUGAAAAUUCAAAUGCUAUUUAUGUAUAUCCUAGCCCAUUAUCUAUAUUCAAUCAAAUUAAAGGAGCUUUUCAAACUAUUAGCCAUAUUGUUCCGCAGAUUGUCAAAAACCAGACUAAAAGUACAUCAAUGAUAUGUGAUGAUCAGCUUGUUCAUUCAAUAUUUUUCUCUGAAGGACAAGGAACGUUUAUUUUUAUUGCACCAGAUUCAAAAUUAAACUUAACCUAUGCUGAUUGGAUGGCUUCAAAUAUAGUAAGAAAUUUAUGUUUCUGCUAUGAAAAUUUAAAUAGUUGCUUUUCAAAUGAAGAUAAUCAUUGUUCAUUAGAUAAAUACUUUACAAUCAUAUUCUCAGAGUUAUAUGAUAUUAAUAUGUUUCAUAAUAUAGAAAAUUCUCACGAGCUUGAAAAAUAUUUACCUGCCUCUAAAAAUAUUCCUUUGCCAAGAAGUAUUCAAAUGGAACUUGAUGAUAUAUUAAAUGAAUUUGAAGCCAAUUAUGUAUAUGAAGACACCAGAGAACCAAGACCAUACUUGAUUAUUGGUUCAUCAAUUUAUUACAAGGAAUACUUGUUGUCAUCUCAUUUGAAUUAUGAAGAUCAUUUGGAUAUUCACAUGUUUUGUUUACAAAAUGGAUUGUUUCAUUUGCUUAAAUCAGAAUACUUAGAGCGUUUAAUAAUAUUUAAACGAGUGUAUCCUUCAUCAGUUAGAUCAAAUAGUACAUUUGUUGGUUCUGUGUAUACACUGCCUAAAGCUAAAUGGUAUUUAUUAAUAGUUGGACGUGGAAAUAAUCUUUUGGUAACACUCCUUGAAGUUGGUCCUUGUUGUUUAAAUAAUGAAGCAUUUGAUGGACCCAAUGUUGAAUAUGUGGAAGAAGCUGAAGAUACAUUAGAAAAUGUUUUGAAUAUGAAUGUUGAUGAAGUAGCGGAAAAAUGGAUUGAAGGUAAUAUAAUGCAAAUAUACCAAAUGGAAAACAUAAAAAAUGCAGGAUUAAGCAUUUCUGCAAAUAAUAAACAAUCAACAAGUUUGCAAUUAAAAAAACCAGAAAUAAUUUCUAUAUUAAAACAUAAAAAUGACAUCACAUCAAAUUCACAUUUGCUUAAUGAUUCUAGACAGUUGGAUUCAUGUUCAGAAACAAGUUUAACGAGUAGUGGAGCGCCUAGCACAGAAGAUAGUACAUAUGUGCAAGGUCCAGUGUUUGGUCGUCGAGCUGAACGUUUGAUGAAAGCUUCGUCAAUUGAGUGGUCUGAUAAUUCUGAUGAUGAAUAUACCGUUUCAGAUGGUUCACGGUCAAUAGAUAUGACUGAUAUUACAAAAAAUUUACCUGUAUUACCCAAUAAACUUGGUUUGGGUAAAUUAUGUAUGCUGUUUCGUUAUCUUGAUAUAAACUGUCAUACUGGUGUUAUGUUAUGUUCACCAUCAAUAUAUAAUGGAGAUGAUUUAAAAAUCAAAGACUUAUUUAAAAAUAUUGAUGACAAAUUUAAUUUAACUGUUACUGUAAUACGAGAUUUAUUUGAUGAUUCAAAUCAGGAUGAAAAUAAAAUAAAUGAGAUAGGGGUUUUAUUUCAAGUACCUUCAUCAUCAAACACAGAUUCUCCAAAAAAAUCAUCCAUGAUAAAAUUCUGGGUUAUGGGGAGAUUACUCAAAGAACCAAAUAAACGAGAGUUAUAUGUUUGUUAUGAAGAAGGGAUAUCUCAAAAUAUGAUUGAAAUUGCAUUUAAGUUGUGUACAAAUUAUGCAACUGUAUAGAAACAAAUACUAUUUUUACUUUUUAUUAAUGAUAUUGCUUAUGAAUUAAAACAUUCUUAUUUUCUAUUACUAGCAGACGAUCUCAGAUUAUUUAAUAUAAUUCGCUUUCAAAAUUAUAUUAUGCUACUUCAAAACGAUUUGAAUUCAUUUAAAAAAUGGUGUGAUAUAAACGGUAUGUCUCUAAAUAUAAAAAAAUGUGCAAUUAUUUCUUUCUCUUUAAAAAAAGAACCUAUCAUUUCUGAUAAUAAAUUAAAAAAUAUUAAAAUCUCGCGAGUAAAUAAAAUUAAUGAUCUUGGUGUUACAUUUGACUCAAAACCUAAUUUCAAACUGCAUAGGUACUAAUAAUAUUAUUAAAAAAUCAUCAGCCAAACUAGGAUUUAUAAAGCGCACUUGUAAAGACUUCCACGAUAGUUCUUAAAUAGCUAUAUUUCUCAUUAGUACGCUCUCAACUGGAAUAUGCAAAUUUGAUUAGGCACACUAACUCUAUAAUCCAAAAUAAAAAUCUUUCACAAAGAAUGCAGAAUAAUUUUUUAAGAUUUUUAAGCAUUCAAUGUCAUAUCUAUAGAGUUUCUCAUUCUGAUUAUAAUAUUAUAAUAUUAUAAAUAGGUUUUUCUCUAUAUCACCACUUGAAAAAAAGAUUAAAACAACUGAAUUUAAAAUUCCUUUAUAAACUAUUACACAAUAUUAUAGAUUGCUCUGCCCAGAACUAGUUGAACGUUUAUACUUUAAAAUGAACUCCUUAAACUCUAGACAUAGACAUAAACAACUUUUAUAUCCACCAAAAUUUCGUCCAAAUACAUGUCAUUCUCUCCUUCUAAUACUCAAAUAGUUAUAGCUUAUAGGGAAUUCCAUAAAUAAUGUAGAUUUAUUUCACUGCUCACUUAAUGAUCUCUCUUCGUGUAUUCAUUAAUUUUCAAUUUUUUGUGUUUUUUUUUUCUAUUUUUGUUAUACACGAUAUAUUAUUAUGUACAAUGUACACACAACUUGAUUUAUAUUUAUAUAUUUUUUCUCUUCUUCCCUGAAUACUCUUGUAACUACCUUGUUUAUUUAU